CUCUCCGUCCCUGUCUUGUCCCUCUCUUUUCUUUUCAUUAUUAUUCCUUCAUUUCUAUUUCCUUCAACACUCUUUCAUUUCCCUCUUACUCUGUUUUGGCCUUUUCCUUCAUCGCUUUCAUCCAAUUCAAUUCAAUUCUCUGCACUGGCUUUUUGAAAUUUCCAUGUGUGAGCGAGAGAUUAUUGCUAUGUUGUAAUCAUGGCUGAGACCACAAAAUACAUUCCCAACUCACAAUUAGAGCUUGAAGAGAUAUUGAAUGAAGCAGAACAUCGAUGGCUUCGACCUGCUGAAAUAUGUGAGAUACUUCGCAAUCAUAAGAAGUUUAAAUUAACACCAGAUCCACCUGUUAUGCCUCCAGCUGGAUCACUAUUCUUGUUUGAUCGAAAAGCACUUCGUUACUUUCGCAAGGAUGGUCACCGGUGGAGGAAGAAAAAAGAUGGGAAGACUGUAAGAGAAGCUCAUGAAAAGUUGAAGGCUGGUAGUGUGGAUGUCUUGCAUUGUUACUAUGCUCAUGGUGAGGAUAAUGAAUACUUCCAACGGAGAAGUUAUUGGAUGCUUGACGAGCAGUUAGAGCACAUUGUCCUUGUGCAUUAUCGUGAAAUUAAAGAGGGCUGCAAGUCUGGCAUCUCACAUUUGCCUGUAGUUCCAGUAACCCUGGUUGGUAGUUCUCAAAAUACUUCAGUGCUUUCCUCUACCAAAAUAAAUUCACCAAUAUCUCUAGUUCAGACAUCUUUCACAUCAAGUGCAAAUAAAGUUUAUCAGAAUGGACGAGCCUCAGAGCAUGAGGAUGUCAAUUCAAAGAAUGGUCCUCAAGCCUCCUCUCAUGCUCAGCCUAUCAGCAAUUAUGUACUUCACAGUGCACCUUGGCUUACACAUGAAGCUGCAGGGUUUUCUGAGUUGUUAAGGAACCCCUUGAUUUCAUCAUGGCCAUCUUCUUUCCCUAGCUACUCUCCUGGUACUGGCUUGUCUCCCUGGACCUCAAUUCAGAACUCUAGCAGAAACACAAUUAAUAUGCAUGAUGGAAAGCAUCAUGUUGAAGCCUCUGAAGCAGACUUAACUGUUCGUAAGCUAAGCAAUGCUGGGUUAGAUUCUGUUCACCGAAUGCAAGAUGGUGUAAUUUUCAGAGAUAGGCUCAUCACUGACAUGUGCGUCCAGCCAGUUAUAGAUUUGCCUACUGUUAAUCAGGUGAAAAACGAGCAUGGUCUGGAUUCAUUUCAUGCUCAAGUCCAUGAUCAUAAUGAUCAUCCAGUUGUUGCAACUACUAAAAUCCUAGUUGAACAAAAACUUCAAGAUGGUGGUUUAUACAAUGAUGAAUCAGAACAAGUUGAAUAUGGAGAAAUGAAGAAACUUGAUAGUUUUGGAAGGUGGAUGGAUAAGGAAAUUGGUGGAGACUGUGAUAAUUCCUUGAUGGCUUCAGAUUCUGGUAAUUAUUGGAGCACACUUGAUGCUCAUAGUGAGGAUAAGGAGGUAUCUAGUUUACGCCACAUGCAGUUGGAUGUGGAUUCAUUAGGUCCUUCUCUUUCCCAAGAACAACUAUUUAGUAUCCAUGACUUUUCUCCUGAUUGGGCAUAUACUGGAGUUAGAACAAAGGUUUUAAUAGUUGGCACAUUUCUGGGGAGUAAAAAGCCCUCUAGUGAGACCAAAUGGGGAUGUAUGUUUGGUGAAAUUGAGGUUUCAGCUGAAGUUUUGGCGGAUAAUGUCAUAAGGUGUCAGACUCCUUUGCAUUCACCUGGACGUGUACCAUUCUAUAUUACCUGCAGUAAUAGGUUAGCCUGCAGUGAGGUCAGGGAAUUUGAAUUUGAUGAAAAUCCAACCAAAUUUUUAGGUCCUGAGGGUAUUAAAAUCUCACCAGAAGAAGAGGUACGACUUCAAAUGCGACUUCUUAAACUAGUAGACUUGGGACCUGACAAUAAGUGGUUGAAGUGCUCCGUUUCAGAAUGCGAAAAAUGUAAACUCAAGGGAACAAUGUAUUCCGUGAGAGAUGAUAGUGGAGUAUUUGAAGAAACUUUCCAGAUUGAUGGAAUUGGUCAUAUAAACCAUAGAGAUAUAUUAUUUCAGAGAUUAGUGAGAGACAAGCUUUAUGAGUGGUUGAUAUAUAAGGUUCAUGAAGGAGGAAAAGGACCACAUGUGUUGGAUGAUGAAGGACAAGGAGUAAUACAUUUGGCAGCGGCACUUGGUUAUGUGUGGGCUAUGGCCCCAUUAGUUGCAGCUGGUAUCAGUCCUAACUUCAGAGACUCUCGUGGAAGAACAGGACUUCACUGGGCAUCAUAUUUUGGGAGAGAAGAAACUGUUAUUGUGCUAGUUCAGUUAGGUGCAACCCCAGGUGCUGUUGAGGAUCCGACAUCAGCAUUUCCUCGAGGACAAACGGCAGCUGAUUUAGGUUCAAGUAGAGGACAUAAAGGCAUUGCUGGGUAUUUGGCAGAGGCAGAUCUGACAAAUCAAUUAUCUGUAUUGACUGUCAAGGAAAAUGAAACUGGCAACAUUGCCACAACAAUAGCAGCUAACAGUGCUCUUCAGUCUGUUGAAGAUGACUCAUCUAGUAUGACAAUGGAUGAGCAACAUUAUCUCAAAGAGUCACUUGCUGUGUUUCAAAAAUCAGCUCAUGCAGCUGCUUCAAUCCUAGCAGCCUUUAGAGCAAGGUCAUUCUGUCAGAGACAAUUAGCCCAAAGUAGCAGUGAUAUUUCUGAAGUACUUGACGUAGUUGCUGAUUCUUUGAGCAAGGUACAGAACAAGGGUCACUUUGAGGAUUAUUUACAUUUUGCAGCUUUAAAGAUUCAAAAGAGAUAUCGGGGAUGGAAAGGAAGAAAGGAUUUUUUGAAGAUACGUGACCGCAUUGUAAAAAUCCAGGCUCAUAUUAGAGGACACCAAGUUCGUAAGCAGUACAAAAAAGUUGUGUGGUCUGUUAGCAUUGUGGAAAAAGCAAUCCUGCGCUGGAGACGGAAAGGGGCUGGUCUGCGAGGAUUCCGGGUUGGGCAGCCAGUUGGUGUUGUGGUUAAAGAUGCCGAGAAAAGUGACGAGUAUGAAUUUCUUAGCAUUGGGAGGAGACAAAAAUCAGAUGAUGUAAAGAAAGCUCUAGAUAGAGUCAAGUCCAUGGUUCGUAACCCAGAGGCAAGGGAUCAGUAUAUGAGGCUCAUCAUGAAAUAUGAAAAGUUUAAGAUUGAUGAUGGAGGAAGCAGUCAAUCACAGCAUGUCGGUUAGAUUCUGAAGGAAGGAAAGAGGAAUACCGAUGGAGCUUAUUGUUUAUACUAAAAUCUUACGAUAUACUUUCUAUGUAAAUACCAUCUAACAUAGUUUCUAGUUUAUAUGAGCGUUCAGAUACUUUGAAAGGUAGAAGAAAAUUCAGAAAAAAAAGAAAAGGAAGGGGAUGCCUUUUUAUUCCCCUUAUAUUAUAUCAGUUGAAUAGAAGUCAGUUAAGUUUUUUUUUUUUUUUUUUUGUGAAAUAGAAAUCAGUUAGUUGAUAUAAUGUAAUAAUAUUGUAUAGACUUAAAUAAAAUGUGGAUUUUCGCAGUAUAUUACUUUUAUU